CGGCACUUUUCAUGGAGCAACAACAAACAUUGUUUAAAACUGGCAGCCCGGCGUCCGAAGAGUCAAAAGCCGCUCUCUUCCUGGAAUCAAAGCCUGACGUUCCUCCCUCUCCUUCCUGAUCUAAAAUAGCUCUGUGGAGCUAACAUCUGCUGAAGAUGAAACUCACACAGUCACUGUGACUGAGAGGUGAAAUGGCGCAGCAGGCAGUUCAUGUGGACCGAGAAACUUUCUCCUGUCCGAUCUGUCUGGAUCUACUGAAGGAUCCGGUGACGAUUCCCUGUGGACACAGCUACUGCAUGAGCUGCAUUAAAAGCUUCUGGGAUGAGAAUGAGGAGAAGAAAAUCUACCACUGCCCUCAGUGCAGACAGACCUUCACACCAAGGCCUCUCCUGCAGAAGAACACCAUGCUAGCAGCUUUAGUGGAGCAGCUGAAGAAGACUGGACUCCAAGCUGCUCCUGCUGAUCACUGCUAUGCUGGACCUGAAGACGUGGCCUGUGAUUUCUGCACUGGGAGGAAACUGAAAGCCUUCAGGUCCUGUCUGGUCUGUUUGGUUUCCUACUGUAGGAAUCACCUCCAACCUCACCUUGAUGUCGCUGGACUGAAGAAACACAAGCUGGUGGAGCCGUCCAAGAACCUCCAGAAGAAAAUCUGCUCUCAGCAUGAUGAAGUGAUGAAGAUGUUCUGCCGCACUGAUCAGAAGUGUAUCUGUCUCAUCUGUUUAAUGGAUGAACAUAAAGACCAUGACACAGUGUCAACUGCAGCAGAAAGGACUGAGAGGCAGAGAGAGCUGGAGGAGAGGCGGCGAAGCAUCCAUCAGGGAAUCCAGGACAGAGAGAAAGAUGUGAAGCUGCUUCAGCAGGAGGUGGAGGCCAUCAAUCACUCUGCUGAUGAAGCAGUGGAGGACAGUGAGAAGAUCUUCACUGAGCUGAUCCGUCUCCUCCAGAAAAGAAGCUCUGAGGUGAAGCACCACAUCAGAUCCCAGCAGGAAGAUGAAGUGAGUCGAGUCAAAGAUGUUCAGGAGAAGCUGGAGCAGGAGAUCACUGAGCUGAAGAGGAAAGACGCUGAGCUGGAGCAGCUCUCACACACAGAGGAUCACAACCAGUUUCUCCUCAACUACCCCUCACUGCCACCCAGGGAGCCUAAAGGCUCAUCCAGCAUCAACAUCCGUCCUCUGAGCUGUGACUCAGCUGCUGCCACAUCCUUAAAGAGUCUCGGAGGUAAACUACAGGAUGUCCUGAGAGACACGUGGACAAACAUCUCACUGAUGGUCACUGAGGUGGAUAAUCUAUUCUCAGAACCAGAACCAAAGAGCAGAGCUGGAUUAUUAAAAUAUUCAUGUGAAAUCACUCUGGAUCCAAACACAGCACACAGAAAUCUGUUAUUAUCAGAGAGGAACAGGAAGGCACAACGAAUGUGCCAACAUCAGUCUUAUUCUCAACACCCAGACAGAUUCACCGGAUGUUACCAGGUCCUGAGCAGAGAGCGUCUGACUGGACGUUGUUACUGGGAGGUGGAGUGGAGCGGGCAGCAAGUUUAUGUAGGAGUCGCAUACAAGAAUAUCAACAAAGCAGGAUGGGGAAAUGAAUGUGUAUUUGGACAUAAUGCCAAUUCUUGGGUAUUGAGUUGUUCCCAAAGUGGUUUUAGUUAUGGCCACAACAACUUCUGGACCUCCGUCUCAGGUCCAGUUUCCUCCAGAGUGGGAGUGUUCCUGGAUCACGGAGCAGGUCUUCUGUCCUUCUACAGCGUCUCUAAGACCAUGACUCUCCUCCACAGAGUCCAGACCAGAUUCACUCAGCUGCUUCAUGCUGGGGUUUAUGUUUGUGGUUCUGUAGAGUUCUGUAAACCCAACUCCUCUCCUCCUUCUGAUUGUUGAUCAGGGUUUGUUGUUCUGAUGGCUCUGCUGUUCUGUUCUUUAUUCGUCUGGUUUAAUUGUAGUUCUCUGUGAUCCAGGAGCCAUAAUGGAAUCACAGCUGAUUUCUGUCAUUCUUAUUUACCAAAAUGUUUCUGUCACUCUUAUAUUUAAUAUUUCCAAUGAUAAAUUUGUUGUUUAUUUUCCUCUGUUCUGCUGAACAAAUGUUGUUCUUGUUUAGAUCAGCUGAGACUGAAGUGAAAUGAACUUGCUCUUAUAUUUUUAUUGUGAUUCAAAGAGAACUGAAACUAA